AUGGCGGGCCCUUCUCAGGAGACCUUAGCCAUGGUCUCCUUGCAGCUGUCCAUGGGUGUCGUUACUGGACCAGAGGCAGACAAUCAAGAAGAGUGGUACUUUGAACUGUGGACUGAGGCUUCUACGCUCAAGGCCACCAAUGAUGGGAUCAUGGAGAGCUUUCAGCUGGUGGAAGCGCUCGGCGUGCGCCUCUCCGCGCCGCGGGCGGCCCCUGCGAGCCGCGCGGAGGUGGCGCUGGCAGUGGCCUGGAGCGGUCGUCGCCCGCGGCAGUUGCAGCUCUGGGCGCCUGUGGGUUUCAUCUUUGUGGAGGUGUCCUGCCUGCGGGAUACCAUUACGGUGAGCUCACAGGUGCUCUCAUGCACUCCUGGAUCCCUUCCCUACGUGGCUGCACUGCAACUUCACAGUGCCAUCGAAGGCUCAGCUGAGACGGUUCUGUUGGCCUUGGCUCCGGCUUCCGCACAGGGCAGCUGGCUGCUCCGGUCUUUGGCCGAGGAUCAAACGGAGCUCGGCUGGGCAAAGGCUGCGACCUUUCCUGUGGCACAAAUGGAGAAAGCUAUGCUUACUUAUGGUGGGAUUCCAUCCAGUGUGGUCCACGUGGCUGUGAGUUUCCAAACCUCUCAGACCAUCUUGAGUGGAGGAGUCAUUGAGGUGGUGGCUCCGGCAGUGUAUGGUUUCUCCUGCGAUGCUGCGGAUGGCCUGAAGCUCUUUUUCGCUGGUUUGCAAUCCUGUGAGACGUUGGACGAGGGCUUCCGAUUGAUGCUGAACCAGAGUGUCUCGCCCGGCAGCUACGCCUUCCUCAUUGGCAUGCGAACGCCCAGCUUCACGCCCUACACGAACUUGUUUGAUUUGCUGCUCAAAGACUUGGAGGGCAAGGUGGUGGACGCACGUUUGGCGCUGCCGGGGCCGCGGCUCAUCCCGGGGCUCACCUUGGAUCUCCCGGUGCUCACGUUCGCGCGCUCGCAGCCGGGCAGCGACGCGGAGAUCCGCGUGACGUUGAAGGUGGUUCAAACCUUGGAUCCCUUGCAGGUGCUGGGGCCCUUCCGGUCGGUGCAGAUCGCGGUGCCCGAGCGCUUUACCCUCAUCGUGCGAGAGCCGGUGACCAACUACGAUGGUUUGCCAACGCCGGAAGUGAGUUGGUAUCACUUGUACUUUCUGGAGAAACUGGUGCGCGUCGACUUGGUGGCAGAUGGUGCAGAAGAGAUCCCCCAGAUCCCGGCCAAAGACUACCGUCUCGGUUUCAAGGUGCGGUUGCCGGAAUUCUGGAUGCCCAGUGUUAAUGUUUGGACGGUCUCUCUGUGUCGAGAUCUUUCAUGCUCCGACUUGAUCACCUCCUUGCCAAUGGCCGGAUUUGAAUUUGGAGACCCUGGCUUCGAACAAGAGGAGGUCCAAAGAUGCCCACAAUGUGUUGCACUCGUGUUUGGAGCCUCGAGAGCUUUCUGCAAGGAGGUGGUGGAUCUUCAGCCUGGCCACGCGCAAGGUCUGUUGAAUAGAUUGAAUUUCUUGAUUUUAAUAAUAUUCAUUUAAAA